AUGGCCGCUCCUCCAACCGGAGGUCACACGUGUGCUAGUUGCGGGAAGCAGUAUCAGAGAAGCGCUCAUCUACGCCGGCACGAAUCCACACACAUCGAAUCGGCUAGGUACAAGUGCCUCUACUGUGAGAAGGCAUUCGCCAGACGGUUCGUAUCAUCUUGCACACAUCCAUGCCGAAAAUCCCACUAA